CGAUGAAGACCGCAAAACUGUCCAGAAUCAAUUUUACAAACGAAUUCAAGGAGAUUUAGCCGCUAGUCAAAUAGCCAUAACUGAACUAGCCCCAGAGUUUCGACUUUUGGCUGACAUUACUCGGGUUUUUAACCAAAAAAAACUCCAAGCAAUAGAGAAUAUUAAACAACAACUAAAGAGUAGCGGGGUUUAUACCAAUAAAGAAAUAGACGAUUAUAUUAAUAAUAGUGUUCAUUCUC